UUGAGCAACAAGCCCAUGAUAGACCUUAAGAAGGAAGAGGAGGAGGAGGAGGGGGCAGAAUCUCAUUAGAUUUCCUCCGAUAAAGAAGGAUCAUUGUGUGGAGGUCUUGGUUCCAACGAGAACAGCACUCGAGGUCACAUGUGGAAAAUAUGCCAUGUAAGCGCUGCCAAUAUUCAAAAGAUGCCUCCACACCCUACAAUCCUCUUUUAUAUUUAUGCGCUCACCCGGUUAGUAUUUACAGCCGGCGGCUCCGUUAAACAACGAGCAGCGGAUGCAGAGCGACAGCUGUCGGAUCAAAUUUGAUCCCGAAUGUCGAUAUUAUGAUCGCAUUUUAUAAGAAAUCUUCCCACAUACGGAUGAUGGGCGCACUGAGGCGUUUGAGCCAUGGGCGCCCUGGCUAUAAUGAUUCACUCACAGAAAACACCUCAGAGCUCCUGCAGGCAUGCAGUUGUGCUAGCUUUUCAUGAACAAGUUCCAUUUCAUCAUCUUCAACAGAAGGGUAUUUUAACUGUGGAGGGCUUCCGCUUCAAAGCCUAUAGAAACGUUCCCAUUCAGGGGCCACCCGAGCUAGGGUAGAACUGUGAAAACAGUUAAUUGGCACGGCAGAGCUUUGAAGUGGUCUGAGGACCGCAGAGGCCUGAAACUGGAGGAGAGGAACCAGUGAGGUGGUACAAAAGGUAAAGAGGAAACUGAAACCCCAGAACGGAAAACUGAGAUGCGAAACGCAUUCAGGAUAAUUCCAUGCGUAAACGUGACAAAAAAAGUUUGUGUAUGGCUAUAGGUUGCUCAUAGUGUAUAGCAAAGGAUGGGAGCAGUGGUGCGCUGGGAACACAGUCGGACAUUCCCUGCCUCAGGACACACCCUCCAUGCUCUCUCUCUCCCUCUCUCCUUCAUUGUUUCCCACACUGACUGUCGCCGCUAGGCUUCGUAUCAGGUUGACAAAUGACCAGCAAGCCGCUCGGAGGAGAAUGUCCGCAAAGUGAAAUCAUUCAGCCCAAGAGACGCAACUUUGCUCGCUUUUCAUGACGAGUGAUGCGUGUUUUUGCCUUAUUUUCGAGAGUGGAUCAAGCCUGAAGGCAGACAGGAGCUGAAGAGAGAGAGUAUCAGCUAAUUGGGAUGAGAGUUCACGUCAAGUGAACCGGCAGAUUGGAGUUGUAAAGCCUCUUAACGCAGGCGGUGGAAGGAAUACAGCGCGAAGGGAGCGUGUCCAUGUGAAUUGAGUGUGUGUUUGUGCGCUCGUGUCACUCCCAGUGGAAAUCUGGCCACAGCAGCAAGGGGCUUGAUCAGGUGAGCGCGUCUAGGUCUAGGUGGAGACAAACCCAAACGCAGACAGAGAUAGAUAUGGUUCCUCUGAACUGGACGUGAUGAAGUGGCUUUGCGGGAGCUCCAGGGUUUAAGACGGUACAAGAGGAGAGCUGGGCGGACUGAGGACGCAGGAAAGGCGGAGGGAGGGUGGUCACCACGAACACCAAAGCGCACCGCACAACCCGGUCCCCAAUCCCUUGACGCAGGGAUGGAGAGCACAAGAGCGCACAGGAUAACUCGGCUCGAUCCCAGAGGCUUGAGUGGGGAGAUCAGCCAGAAGCCGGACGUCGGGACUCAGCGACACCGGGGACACCUCCACCUGCACCGGACUGUGAUUUUUCUCGUCGCGCUCACGAUACAACCGCAGGCUGUGUUUGCUGUCGGGAUGUUUGAGCUUCAGAUUCAUCAUUUCCAGAACCCACAUGGACUCCUGCAGACCGGAGACUGCUGCGACCUCCAGGCCAGCGGUGGACAACGCUGCUCGGCCAGGGACCAAUGUGACACUUACUUCCACGCCUGCCUCAAGGAGUACCAGGCCCGCGUCGUCGCAACGGGAGCCUGCACUUUUGGGUCGGGCACCACGGGGAUCCUGGGUGGAAACUCCCAUCGAGGACACGAUGGAGGAGAGAGAGGAGGAGGAGGAGGAGGAGAGGAUGGGACUAAUGGUCACAUUGUCAUUCCCUUCAAAUACGCCUGGCCAAAGUCCUUCUCUCUUGUGUUAGAGGCUCUGGACUACGACAACACAUCAGAAUCAGGUCAGCUGAUCGAGCGAGUCCUGCUGUCCUCCAUGUUGAACCCCAGUGAACAGUGGCAGACGUAUCGUCACCACGGACGGCCUCUCAGCCUGGAGUACCGGCUUCGCUUCCGCUGUGAGUCCAAUUACUACGGACCUCUCUGCAACAAGUUCUGCCGGUCCCGCGACGACUUCUUCGGCCACUUCAGCUGUGACCCCAGCGGCUCCAAGGUCUGCAUGGAGGGCUGGACGGGACCAGAGUGCAAAGACGCGGUGUGCAGGCAAGGCUGUCAUCAGACCCACGGCGUCUGUGAGGUGCCUGGAGAAUGCAAGUGUCAUUACGGCUGGCAGGGUCCUCUGUGUGACCAGUGCAUGACGUUCCCCGGCUGUGUGUACGGAAGCUGCACCCAUCCCUGGCAGUGCGUGUGUGACGUCAACUGGGGAGGACUGCUGUGUGACAAAGAUCUGAAUUACUGCGGCACCCAUCAGCCCUGCAAGAACGGCGGGACCUGCACCAACACGGAGCCAAACGAGUACCAGUGCGAGUGCCAGGAAGGUUUCAGAGGGCGCAACUGUGACAUCGUGGAGCAUGCAUGUUUGUCCAGCCCGUGUGUGAACGGCGCCACCUGCGUUGAAGACCUAACGGGCUUCAGCUGCGUCUGUGCCGAAGGCUGGACUGGACACACCUGCGCAGAGGUGGUCAGGCAGUGUGAUCGCAACCCUUGUGGCCGUGGAUCGACUUGUCAGGAGGCCGCCGGAGGUUUCCGGUGCCUCUGCCCGCCUGGAUGGAGCGGCAGGACGUGCCAGCUGGACACCAAUGAGUGUGAACUGAGCAUAUGUGUCCACGCCCGCUCCUGUCGAAACCUGAUUGGUGGAUACUUGUGCGACUGCCUUCCUGGAUGGAUGGGGCCUAACUGCGACAUCAGGAACAACAGCUGUCAGGGUUUGUGUUUGAAUGGCGGACGUUGUGAGGACCAGGUGUCAGGGUCCAGAUGCUUGUGUCCACCUGGCUUCUCUGGGAAAUAUUGCCAACAUGGGCUGGGUUCUUGUGACAGCGCCCCCUGUCUGCACGGAGGAGAAUGUGUGGAGAAGGAAGGAAGGACGGCCACCUGCAACUGUCCUGUGGGAUAUUCAGGAGUCUUCUGUGAGAUAGCGUUAGAUCUGUGCAACCCCAACCCCUGCCAACAGGGCGUGCAGUGUCACAUCACAGAAGGCAGGUACAUGUGCGCCUGUCCCGAUGGUUACUAUGACAACGAGUGCAUGAGCCUCAAGAAUCCCUGCAUUGGACAGCACUGUUCAGGUGCCAUGUCGGACACGACACACGGGGGCGUCAGCUUCUACAUGAUCCUGGUGGGAGUCUUAGCUUUGGUGACGGUCUGCGGCUGCGCUGCCUGCGCCUUCCUCCUCUCCCACUUUCAUCGAAAGCGGAAAAAGCAGCAGGCGGUCCCGCAGGAAGAAGGCAUCAACAACCAGAGGGAGUUUGUCAACCUCAUCAGAAACGUGGACCGUCCCGUGCCCCUCCUGCCCCCCGCCGCCCCUCUCACCCACCCCCAAGCUGCCCCCGCUCCCAUCUCACGUUGCUACGAGGAGAUUGAACUGACCCUUCCUCCCUCCCCGGCUCCUUCACACCCCUCCCCGGCUCUGAAGCCAGCCCAUGCCCCCAAACUGGACAUUUCAAACCGCGAGAGGGAGAAGCUGAACCGCUUCCACUGCACAGAAAACCAGGAACUGGAGGUUUGACCGCGUCCUGAACUUUAUUUCUUAAUUUCAUUUUCUGUCCUUAGCACUUUUUUGCUCACAGGGCCGGGGUCUUCAGUUACUUGCACUGUGUCAAUGUCGCAGUUAUGAAAAUAGGGUGAACCUUUGACCUUUAUGUGCUCAGAUGGACAUCGGCAGACACCUGAGGAGCAAAGGCUGCUAAGUAGAGGGGUCAAAAGUCUUAACUGUGUUAUCGUGUUUGAGCCUAUUUUGGCAAAGAAUGAGAAGCAGCGCGUCCACGACGUUUGACUGAAAAAACCUUUAUUAAUCUGGACGGUUAAAGAUUCGCCUUGGAGUGCCUGAGAUACUGUCAAGAGUAAACAGAGGGCCGACCUCUGCAGGAGCCUCUCAACAUGUUUCCUGGUCCUUGAGGCCGUCUGACUGGUGUUCAGACCUCCAUUUCAAUUUCAGACUGAUCUCUGGCUGACAGACUGAGAACUAAGAUGCCUAUUUAACGGUGUGUUUCUGCUUGUGUGUGUGUGACAGUGACAGAGAGAAUGUAUAUUAUGAGUGUAACGUGUAGAAAAAGUAAAAAAAAAAAAGAGAAAGAGAGCAGAAACAUUUCACUUUAAGAAAAGAAGUUGAUAUACCAGUUUUAAAACUCCACACUGUUGCCUGUAUCGUCUCUGUAAUACUGCAGUUUCUCUAAGAUGUAUGAUUUUUUUUUAUUCAUACCUGUGUGUAAAAUAGCUUUUUUUUGUACAUAAAUAUAUUGUACAUAUUGAUGCCAUUUUUGUACUGUGAUUCGGUCUGGAAGUAUCACUGUAUUACUUUGUUCAGUUGGUCACUUUCCAUUUGGAGCAACCAGCACAUGUGGAUUGUAAUAAAAGUGCAUUUAC